GCUAGGGCUCAAUCUGUGGAGGGGCGGUUAGGCAGGCGCCCGGGGUCCUUGUUCGUCUGUGGGCUCUGGUUUCCAGUAGGGUCGGCGGCUUUUAUGCCAGAGGCCCGGGCUUUCGUUGGUGCCUCGUUCCUCCACCUGAGAAAUGGUCGGUUCCCCUAGUCUAAGAACGCUUUAAACAUCAGUAGUAGUAAAAUUUGUAAGCACUGAUCUAAGACUUAGAAAGGAAUAUUGUCCAACAUGGAUUCUCUGCAAGAAGAAUGUUUGGGGAGUAGGGAUACUGCUGAGGAGGAGCAGAUUAAGGAAGAAAUGGAAAAUAAAGUAGAAAAAUCAGCCAGUGAAAUGGACAAACAGAAACAGGACAUAGCUACUGAUCUUAUCCCUAUUAACCUGCUAUUUGAAAUGAAGAAGUUAUUAAGUGCAGUUAGUACUCUACCAAAGGGUGUGGUUCCCCACAUUAAGAAGUUUCUACAAGAAGAUUUUUCAUUCCAGUCUAUGCAGAGAGAAGUUACAGACAACAACCAGAAUGGAGAAGAAAUUGUUCCUGCUUUAACUUUACGUUUUUUGAUAAUACAACUAGAAAUAGCACUUAGGAACAUCCAAGCCACGAAUUAUACUGCACAUCAAAUUAAUAUUGGUUAUUAUUUGACAUUAUUGUUUUUGUAUGGGGUAGCACUCACCGAAAGAGGAAAGAAAGAGGAUUUUACAGAAGCUGAGAAUAAAUUUCUGGUAAUGAAGAUGGUGAUCCAAGAAAAUGAAAUUUGUGAAAAUUUUAUGUCUUUAGUUUAUUUUGGGCGUGGAUUGCUUCGGUGUUCUCAGAAGAGAUAUAAUGGAGGGUUGCUAGAAUUUCACAAAAGCUUACAAGAAAUAGGAGAUCCAAAUGAUCAGUGGUUUGACAUAGAUCCUACAGAAGAUGAAGAUUUACCUACAUCUUUCAAAGAUCUUCUCAAUGAUUUUAUCAAGACUACUGAAGAUAAUAUAAUGAAACAGACAAUAUGUAGUUAUUUAGAUUGUGAGAGAUCUUGUGAAGCUGACAUUUUAAAGAACACCAAUUAUAAGGGAUUUUUUCAGUUAAUGUGCAGUAAAAGUUGCUGUGUUUAUUUCCAUAAAAUUUGUUGGAAAAAGUUCAAGAGUUUAAAAUAUCCAGGUGAAAAUGAUCAGAGUUUCAGUGGGAAAAAAUGUUUGAAAGAGGGAUGUCCAGGUGACAUGGCAAGGAUGCUGCAGUGUGAUGUACCUGGAAUUGUUAAAAUUUUGUUUGAAGUUGUGAGACAGGAUGAAUAUAUAACCAUUGAAAAUUUAGGAGCAAGUUAUAAGAAGAUGAUGUCUCUGAAAAUAAGUGAUACCGAUAUAACACCGAAGAUCAGUUUAAAAUUUAAUACAAAAGAGGAGAUGCCUAUCUUCAAACUCAAUUAUAAUUAUUUCUAUCAUCUGCUCCAUAUAAUUAUUAUCUCUGGUACUGACAUUGUCCGGCAAAUAUUUGAUGAGGCUAUGCCACCCCUUCUAUUGAAAAAAGAGCUGCUUAUACACAAGAAUGUACUGGAAUCCUACUACAACCAUCUUUGGACCAAUCACCCUUUGGGAGGAUCAUGGCAUCUGCUUUAUCCCCCAAACAAGGAGCUACCACAAUCCAAACAGUUUGAUUUAUGCCUCCUAUUAGCUCUCAUAAAACAUUUGAAUGUAUUCCCUGCACCCAGAAAAGGCUGGAAUAUGGAACCACCAUCUUCUGAUCUCUCUAAGUCUGCAGACAUCCUGAGGCUAUGCAAAUACAGGGAUUUUCUUCUUAGUGAGAUUUUGAUGAAUGGUCUCACAGAGUCACAGUUCAAUUCAAUUUGGAAAAAAGUUUCUGAUAUUCUUCUGCGCCUUGGGAUGAAACAAGAGGAUAUAGACAAAGUGAAGGAGAAUCCCAUUGAGAAUAUAUCUCUAGAUUACCAUCAGCUAUCUAUCUACCUAGGCAUACCAGUACCAGAAAUCAUCCAGAGGAUGUUAUCCUGCUAUCAACAAGGUAUUGCUCUACAGUCAAUAACAGGCAGUCAAUGUAUUGAAAUAGAAGAGUUACAAAAUGAGGACGAAGAACUGAGUCCACCUCUUAUGGAGUACAAUAUAAAUGUGAAAUCAAACACUGAAAUACAUUUGGCAGAAAUGAAUAAAGAUGGAGGCUCGAUACCCAGUGAAUCUUCAACAGAAUCUACUAAAGAUCCUCAAGAAGUUAUGGAUAAACCAAAGAAAAAGAAAAAAACUAAGAAUAAAAAGAGUAAAGACUCAAAGGAAGAGCAAAUCUCAUACAUAGUUGAAGAUCAGUUGAACAAACAAGCAAAUCUCCAUUCAAUUGGUAGGUACAUGAAAGAUGAUGCAAGUGAUAUUCAAGAGGAUUCUGCAACUGAAGACAAGUUCUAUAGCCUGGAUGAAUUACAUAUUAUGGACAUGAUAGAGCAGGGUUCAACUGGCAAGGCAAACACAGAGUAUGGAGAAACUGAAAAAGAAAGGCUUGCGCGUCAGCAACAGUUGUUUAAACUGCACUAUCAAUGUGAAGACUUCAAAAGACAGUUGAAAACAGUGACAUUCCGGUGGCAAGAAAAUCAAAUGCAAGUUAAAAAGAAAGACAAAAUUAUUGCAUCUCUUAACCAACAAGUGGCUUUUGGAAUCAAUAAAGCUUCCAAAUUACAGCGACAAGUUCAUUCUAAAGACAAUGAAAUCAAGAACCUUAAGGAACAACUUUCCAUGAAAAGAUCCCAGUGGGAAAUGGAAAAGCAUAACUUGGAAAGCACAGUUAAGACAUACUUAAACAAGUUGAAUGCAGAAACUAGCAGAGCCUUAACAGCUGAGGUAUAUUUUUUACAAUGUCGUAGAGAUUUUGGUUUACUUCAUCUAGAACAGACUGAAAAGGAGUGUCUUAAUCAGCUUGCCAGGGUGACUCACAUGGCAGCAAGCAAUCUAGAAUCACUUCAAUUAAAGGCUGCAGUAGAUAGUUGGAAUGCCAUUGUGGCGGAUGUUAGAAACAAGAUUGCAUACCUCCGGACACAAUAUAAUGAGCAAAUCAACAAGGUGAAACAGGGUUUUGCCUUGAGUACCUUGCCUCCAGUCCAGCUUCCUCCACCACCACCCAGUCCUGAGAUACUAAUGCAGCAGUUCUUAGGAAGACCUCUUAUGAAGGAACCUUUCUUUAGACCCAUACUUACUGUUCCUCAAAUGCCUGCAGUUUGCCCUGGCGUUAUCACUGCAGCUGGCCAACCUAGACCCCCCUUGAUGACGGGCAUAGCCUGGACUAUGCCAACACCUGUAGCAGAAGCCGUCCCUGCUGCAGCAGGUCUGGGAAAUGAUCCUUCCAUGAUGAAUUUGGAAAGAAUUACAGACAAGCUGAAAACUGCUUUUCCACAACAUACCAGAAAAGAGCUUACAGAUUCCUUACGAAAGUUGAAAGAUACCAAUGGAAAAUCCUUAUCUGGAAUGACAUUUGAUGAAAUUGUUUACAAGAUUUCCCAAUUAAUUGAUCCCAAGAAAUCUCAGAGUGAAGGAAAAUCAGUGCCAAAUGGUAAUUGUGUUUCUCCCAGCCAUUCUCCAUCACAGCCUAGUGCUCCCCAAACCCCCAAACCAGCCUGGAGGCCACACAAUUCACAAGAUGCUUCUACAUGGGAAGAAGCCAAUAAUUUGGAUGAGGAGGAGGAAGAAGAGGAGCCUUGUGUGAUCUGCCAUGAGAACCUAUCUCCAGAAAACCUUUCAGUUUUGCCUUGUGCUCACAAAUUCCACUCUCAGUGCAUUAGACCAUGGCUGAUGCAACAGGGGACAUGCCCUACCUGUAGACUCCAUGUCUUGCUACCAGAAGAAUUCCCUGGUCAACCCAGCCGACAGUUGCCCAAGAUCUGAUACAACACAGCUGGCUAUGUAAAGGAAGCUCAGUUUUCAGAAUGGAAUUUAGUUGAGCUUUUCAUUUUUAUGAGCUGAUUGUAUAACUGGUGGAAAGCACUGUGUUCUCCAAUAUUACGCUAAUAAGGCUAGCCAAAUAAGACAGUAGCCAAAGAUAUUAAGACAAGUCUUCAGGGCUUAUAAACUGGAUUGAAGGGGCUUAAAGAAAUGGAAUUUUAAUAGUUACAUUAUAUUUGUUUAGUGGGUUUUAUUUUUCUUCUGUGAACAUGAUUCCUAUUAGCAUAUUUCUUAGAAUAUCUUUUCUGGCAAUUUUCCCCUUCUACUUGCCCCUUACUUUCUGUCAGUAUACUACAUUUUAUUAUCUGGAAAUAAAUUUAGGAAAAACAGAAUAAUAGAGAAAAGUAGGAAAGUUCCACAGAUUUCAGUGUUUCUGUAAUUUUUAAAACUAUUAAAUAUAAAUGAAUUAUUUAAAUUGUAUUUUUGUCUUCCCUAUUCUUUUUUUGCUUUCUUAAAUAUGUGCCCAUGAAGAGAUUAUGAGCUACUUGAUGGUGGAGACCAUGCAGUGGUAUGCUGAAGCUGGCUUGUAAUGGCUUGUGAGAGGUGAUUGUUUAAGUUGCAGGUAUUUUGCAAACCAGUUGUCCAAUUAUUGGUAGCUUGAGAUCUGCCACAGUCGGGAGUGUUUAUACCUUAGACAUUGGUAAAUACUGUAAGCAAAUGCUUCUUUCAGUAGCUGGUUCUUAAACAUUUACCAGCACACCACCAGACAUUCUGUGUAGAAUUAAUAUUCUCAGAAUCAGAAAUCAGGAACUAGUUUUUUUAAGUGUAUGGGAUAUUAGUAUAUAAAUUAAGUCUCUUGCUGAGUUGAAUAAUUGAAAUUUUUAUGUUUAUCUGUAGAUAAUUCUCUUUGAACCUUAAUAAUUUGCAUUUUGGAUGGAUAUCUUUUCUGGCUUUAAAAGUUUCCAAUUUCACCUAAUUUUUUUGUGGGGAAGGAGGAAACUUAUAUGUACUUCAUGCUUGUGACAAAAUGGAUUAUCCAAUGGGCUAAGCUUUAUACCCAUAGCUUGUCACUCAGAACUUUAAUACUUAGAGGCAAAAAACCUACUUAAAAAUAGCAUUGUAUAAAUGUUGUUGUAUAUAUGUGUUGUAUAUGUCUAUUAACUUGAAAAUUAAAAUAAUUCAGUUAUAAGACAAAUAUUCCUCAUUUCAUAUUCAAAAUGUUAAUUUCAUUAACUUUUGGAAAAGAAUAAAAUGUUUUCUGAUUCAGCAGCUAUUUAUCUGUAUAUUUUAGUGUAAAUGUGUUUUGAAGUUACUUUGAUCCUUAUUUAAAUUUUCUACUUCUAUAAUUGCAUAUUAAACUUUUUUCUGAAUUGAAAACAGACUGAAAAUGUAAAGGGCAAUAAUGGAAAGAAAAAGUAGCAUUCAUGUACAUACAUAAAAUACCAAGAAUAUACCAGAAUUCAAACGUACAGGGCAAACCUUUGAUCAUCAGCUUGCCUAGCAACCUAAAGUCGUGGUCAUAUAGCACAUCACCUUGUAAAAUUUGCUCAUGUUCACAACUUGUUUCUUAGUUCAUGUUUACAACUGUAAUUUCAUGUUUAUGUGGAAUAGAAUAAAUGUUUC